GCAGCUGUUGUGUCUUGUUUAUUUUUAAUAAAAUAAGAAAAUAGUUUUUCAAAUAAUAUAAAAAGUUCAAACUAAUCAACGAGUGUGUUGCUAAGUGUCAUAAAUAAUGGCUGAAGAUGAACAUUACACAAAUGUCGACAUAUCGGAUAUGAUCGACGAUAGCGACCAGUAUUUAAAUGACAGUGAAUAUCAAAACACUGAAUUUCCUAGCACCGAACUUUCUGAAGCUUCUGAGAAGUUUCUUUUGGCUCAAGAUUCGGAAAUUUUAAACUCUGAAGACCAAGUGUUAACGGAGAAGAAGCCUCCUAUAACAUCCAACAAAAGCGAAGUAAUUCGAUCGACAAGAUUACCUAUGGCUAGAAUAAAGAAUAUUAUGAAAAUGGAUCCCGAUGUGAACGUUAUAUCUGGUGAUGCAGUGUUUUUAGUUACUAAGGCUGCAGAAAUGUUUUUAGAAACAUUAGUAAAAGAGACAUAUUCAUAUACAAUGACAAACAAAAGGAAAACGAUAAAUAAAAAGGAUCUCGAUUUGAUUAUCAAUAAAGUUGAUUGUUUAUGUUUUUUAGAAGGUGGUUUAGACUUUUAAGAUAUUUGUUAACUUUUUCAAUAUUUAAUGUUUCAUAAAAUAAAAUCACUGAACAAAUUCAAAUUAUUCUUUAUUUUAAAC